AUGUCAAAACAAACAAAUCAUGAUAAACGACAAGUGUUACCAACUAAUGUAAGACCGACCCAUUACACUUUGACCUUGACUCCAGACAUGGUCAAUUUCACUUUUAUCGGAUCCGAAAUUGUCAACAUUGAUAUCAACGAAAACACUAAAGUUAUAACUCUUCACGUUAACGAUAUUGAAGUAAAAUCUGCCAAGCUUUUAAAUUUGGAUUUAAAAACCAGUCAAAGUUGUGAAGCGACGAAUAUCGAAUAUGAUUCUCAAAAGGAAACAGUUUCUUUAACUUUUCCACAUGAGUUUUCUUCUGGAACUACUGCUUCCCUUCAUAUUGAAUAUACUGGCAUUUUGAAUGAUAAAAUGGUCGGAUUUUAUAGAAGUUCUUAUGAAGACAAAAGCGGAAAUACUAAAUAUCUGGUAACAACUCAAUUUUCACCUACAGAAGCUCGCCGAGCAUUUCCCUCAUGGGAUGAACCCGCAAUUAAAGCUACAUUUGAUAUAACUUUAAUUGUACCCUCUGAUAUGACUGCUUUAAGUAACUUGGACGUAGUCAGCGAGACUCAACUCGGCGAUGGUAAAAAAGAAGUCAAGUUUAACAGAACGCCGAUAAUGAGUACCUAUUUGGUUGCCUUCAUUGUUGGUGACUUGGGUUAUAUUGAAGCCCAUACAACUGGGGGUCGCGAUGACGGUGAACCUAUAUUGGUCAGAGUGUAUGCCCCAAAGGGCAAUGAACAACAUGGUGAAUUUGCUCUAGGCGUAGCAAUACAAGUCUUAGAAUAUUUUGUAGAAGUAUUUGGAAUUCCAUAUCCUUUGCCUAAAUGUGAUAUGGUUGCAAUCCCGGAUUUUGGAUUUGGUGCAAUGGAAAACUGGGGUUUGAUUACUUAUCGUACUGCCAGAGUCCUUUUCGACCCUAUAUCUUCUAAUGUCAUAAUUAAGAAACAUAUUGCAUAUACUGUGUCUCAUGAAAUUGCACAUCAGUGGUUUGGUAACCUCGUAACUAUGGAAUGGUGGGAUCAUCUUUGGCUCAAAGAAGGUUUCGCCACAUGGGUUGGAAAUUUUGCAGUUGAUAAAUUCUUUCCAGAAUGGGAUAUUUGGACUCAAUUUGUUACUGAAGGAUUUCAGAACGCUCUUCAACUUGAUUCUUUAAGAACUUCUCACCCUAUUGAAGUUCCUGUAAAUGAUUCCAGUGAAAUUUCUCAGGUGUUUGAUGCUAUCAGUUAUUACAAGGGUGCUUCUGUAAUUCGCAUGCUAAGUACCUAUCUUGGGGAGAAAGUUUUUUUAUCUGGCAUUAGAAGAUAUUUAAAGCUUCAUGCAUUCAGUAACGCGAGUACUGAUGAUUUGUGGAAAGCGCUGGCCAAAGAGAGUGGCAACGAUUAUCCAGUAUUAACUGUUAAAGAACCAGCACCUGAAACCUUGGAAAUUCGACAAUGUCGUUUCCUUUCAUCUGGAAUAAUUGGUCCUGAUGAGGAUACUACCAAUUGGUGGGUGCCUCUUGGCGUUGACCUUGGCCCUGACACUCAAAGUGAAAUUAAAUCCUCUAUUCUCAACCAAAAGGAAAUCACAUUAAAAUUGCCACCUAGAAAAUCCGAUUUUUAUCAGCUUAAUGCACUCAAAACUGGCGUUUUUCGUGUCAAUUACACCCCUGAUCGGCUAUUCAAAUUAGGACAAGCAGUUAGGUCAGGUUUGCUUGAGGUUAGCGAUCGUAUUGGAACAAUUGCUGAUGCUGGUGCUUUAGCUACUAGUGGUUAUGGAAAAACUAGCAACUUUCUGUACUUCAUUAAAGAAUUUGUAUUCGAGGAUAAAUAUGUUGUAUGGAGUGAGAUCAGUGUUCGUCUCAAAAAUUUACUUGAUGCUUGGUUUGAGCAACCUACAACAAUUUGUCAAGGACUUCUAUCUUUCAACCGUCAAUUAGCAUCUAGGUUAGUUCCUAAAUUGGGUUGGGAAUAUUCUGAAAGUGAUGAUUAUUUGACCACAUUGUUGAGGACACUUAUUAUUAAUAUUGCCGGUGGAGCUAAUGAUCCAGAUACUGUUAAGGAAGCUUAUCGUAGAUUUAAUCUUUUCACUAAACAAAAUGAUGAAUCUGCUUUGCAUCCUAAUAUUCGUGGUGUUGUAUUUAAAAUUGUUUUAUCCCAUGGUGGAGGGGAAGAAGAAUUUGAAGCUAUAUUGAAAGUUUAUCGUGAAUCCAAAACAGCAGAUCAAAAAUUAGAAGCUUUGUCCGGUCUCGGUUUUGCUCAACGUGAUGAUUUGAUUCAACGUGCAUUACAAUUCGCAAUCAGUGAAGAAGUUAAAAAUCAAGAUGUUAUUCACGCAUUUGCCAGUUUGCAAUCUAAUCAUAAAUCACGAAGACUAUUAUGGAACUUUGUUAAAGAAAAUUGGGAUGUGAUACAUGAUCAAUAUAUCAACUUUCGUGCGCUUUUUGGAAACAUUAUUAAACAAAGUAUAGAAUUAUUCUCAUCUGAACAUGACAUUGAGGAUAUCGAAAAAUUCUUUUCUAACAGGGAUUGUAAAGGAUUUGAAAGGCCUUUGCAACAAAGCAUAGAAAAAAUUCGUGUUAAUGCAGCUUGGCUGAAGCGUGAUUCAAGAGAUGUUGAGGAUUGGUUAAAAGCUAAUGGUUUCUUGGAAUGA